UCUUCUAUGUAUUCUGUACGUGUUAGCCGUCAAUUGGAAUUUAGUCACGUGACUUUAUCCGCCAUUCAUCACCGCACACACAUUCAUACACAAGUCUUUUAUACUGCGUGUCUUUUCCGUAUAGGCCGCUGUUGUUACACAAGCUGCUAGAUCGAAAAUCGACCUGCAAAGCCUCCAAGUUUGGCUAAUAUAUUUCGUUUCCGGAACACUGCCGUCUGGGAAACAUAGUCAUCAUGCAUCGCAAAACGCGGCUGAAGAUAACGGAUCUUAAUAAACACCUGACAUGUUCACUGUGCAAAGGAUAUAUCGUGGAUGCUACAAGCAUCAUCGAAUGUUUACAUUCAUUUUGUCGGAGUUGCAUCGUUCGAUAUCUGCACACCAGUAAGCAAUGCCCGGUAUGCGACACACAGGUUCACAAGACUAGACCUCUACUAAAUAUCAGAUCUGACAAAACUUUGCAGAAUCUAGUGUACAAACUGGUUCCAAGCAUGUUUAAAGGAGAAAUGAAAAGGAGAAGAGAGUUUUACAAGUCACAUCCACAAGCCAGUACUAGCCUCGCACAGACCGUAUCCAGAGAAGAACGCGGAGAGAUGGACGAACAAGAGCUCAUUAUUUACACCGACGAUGAACACCUUAGCCUCUCGCUCGAGUACUAUCAGCAGAGCAUUCACAUACCCAAACCUAAACCAGCCGCCGCCGCCAUAACGCGUCUCGUCGGUAACGGGGACAACGCGUCAACCAGCAGUAGCAGCGGUAACAGUAGCUGCAGCGAUACGAGCAGUGAGAGCGGCGGGAGUAAUGUAGACGUCGCUACUGGUAGUGCCGCUGAUGGGAGCACCGCUACUGGCAGCGCUGCUGGUGUGAGCACCGCUGUUGGGAGCGCACCCGGUAGCAGUGGAGGAAAUACCGUAGCGGCACCGCCGAUCGGAGAUACACGAGCCGUGGUGAGCGCGGCGGUCACGGCGGCACUGAAAGCUGCGGUUAGUGGUGCGAAGCAGGGUGGGAACGCUAAGGCACCGGAAGAGAAGCGGGGAGUUCAAACAGAUGCAGCUGAAAUGUUGGCACAGGAGCGAUUAAAAGGAAAGCCGAACGGAGCGACGACGUUGAAAAGUAGCUGCGGUCCGAUAAAUGGCAAGACGAAAGCGAACGGUGACGCUAACGGUCUCUCUGAUGAGAUUGUUGAUAAACGGUAUUUGAGAUGUCCUGCAGCUGUUUCCAUUGGUCACAUCAAAAAGUUUAUCCGACACAAGUUUGGAUUAUCACUAGCCUACCAGAUUGAAGUGAUGUACAGAGGUAGUGAGGAUGAACUUCUACCAGACGACUACACAUUAAUGGAUGUAGCUUACAUUUAUACAUGGGGUCGGGUCGGACCUUUGCCACUUGUUUAUCGAGUCUACCAGCCGCUUUCCAGACCACUGAAAAGAACUCUCACGGACAAAAACACAUCGGUCGUCCCGGAGAAAAUACCAAAGAAAACGGACUCUUCUCCACACCAGCAGAAACUACCGCCAGCAGCUGGAGCGAAACCGAAAGACGCUUCGCUGAACCAGGGAUCGCAGGAGAACACAUCACCCGCAAUGACGCCGGUUGUGCCGCCGGUGUGCAGCAAAGUCGAAUAUUGCGUUGAGCAUACCUACAAUGCCCGUGUCUGUUGUUACAUUGAACAGGUCAUAGCAAAGAAUUCUAUCAUCUCCCACACCUCUGGUCAUUGGUACACGUCCGACAGCUGUGUGAUCUCCCAGUCGCAUUACCAAGGAGUUCUCACUGCGAUCAACGUUACAAGAACGCCAUCAGUAAAAUUCGCACGGUGUUCUCUCGGAGACUGCUUGGACAUGCUUCUUCCAGGAUGCAAGUAUCCACUUCGGAAUGCAGCGUUUCAUUGCUGGGUAAACCCCGGUCACACCGACGAGACCGACAUCAGAUGGCACCAGAUCGAACUAAAUGGUACAUCACCUUGA